GUUAUCACUUGAAAAUUUGUGAUUUUGCAGCUGUAGCAUGCUCCCCCUCCGUGACCUACCGCAAACCGGUUUUAGCGCUGUAAAACUACGUAGUAAAACCAGACAUUUCCUUGUGCGCAUGUACAGAAAUGACACACCGCAUCACAAUUUUUUCAAGAUGGAGGCGCUGAAGAAGCUAAAGGUUGCAGACCUGAAGAACGAGCUGCGUUCCCGCGGGCUCACGGUGACGGGAAACAAACAGGAGCUGCUGGACCGCCUGCAGCAGCAUCUAGAGACUUCUGGGGGUUUGCGUGCCAUCCCUACCCGCCCCCCUGUCCCACCAGGGAUGACACUGGAAGAUCCCAAUGCCCCACAUUUACCAGAAGCCGAUCUGCUGUCGAAGGACACUUCUUUUGUAUCCGGAGAAGGUGAUGAUGCUGAUGACAGCCUCCUGGCUGGUGAAGAAGAGGAAGAUGAAGAAGAAGAAGAAGAGGAGCAGACCACAACUCAGGAUAAUCAGGAGAACACAGAAACUACAAACACAGCAAAGCCCACAGUCGUCACCAGCAUCAGCUCAGAUGAUACAAAAGUUCCUGUCAAACCACCCAUGUCAGAGGCAGAGAGGUUAGAGUUGAGGGCAAAGAAGUUUGGUGGCCAUUCAUCCGAGGAUGCCAAGAAAGCAGCUCGUGCAGCCAGGUUUGGAACUCCUGUUUCUGCACCAACAAAAACAGGAACUGCUGCACCAGUGAAAGGGACCACAGCUCUCUCUCCUCUUGGAGACAACUCUGCUGUCAACACAGAAGAAACGGGUCCUGAAAUGGAGAAGUUGAAAAAGCGGGCAGAGAGGUUUGGGAUGAACGUGUCAACUGUAACACAGCAGGCAGAGGAGAAGGAGAAACUGUUGAAGAGGAAACAGAGGUUUGGUGCGGUGACAGCAGGCGCAGCAGUCGCAGCAGGCACUCCGGUCUCCUCUGAUGAGGUGGAAGCAAAGAAGAAGAAGCGAGCAGAGAGGUUCGGGGUGACAGUUUAACAAUGGCCAAGUCUAUGGAGAAACUGUGUUGAUCACACUUAUGGUAGUUAUAAGGGGGGAUGGGGUGAUGUCAUUUCUAUCUAAACUAUUGCCUCAGUAGUUCUCAUCUCAUGGCUGUUAUCUGUACCUGGAGCAGUCCAUUAUAGAUACAGGGGUGUUUAUGAUCAGUAGGGCUGUUCCACUUCGAUAAAGGUUAGAAGAUAAACUGUAAAUGAGUCUUAUAGCAAGUUGUAUACACAUGUAUAUGACAAUGCUAGCUUUUCAAGAGGUCAACAUUAUGUUAUGGUACUUACUAGAGUAGAAGGACAGGAACAGAGCAUGAAAUGGAUAUGAGUGACAGCUGUCAGCAUCAGGGGAAAAGUUAAAGAUGGGCGGGGGGUUCUGUAAAUGGGGACCAUUAUGGACUCGUCUGGAAAUGUUAGUAUCGUAGGGUGUUUUUUAAGGGAUAUGGUAUAAUGCUCUUUAUUUACAUACAGUGAUUUUUCGUCUAAGAAAUAACAUGUUUUGUUGUCAUAACUUCUAAUGAAAGGAGAAACUGACAGGGAUAUUUUUGAUUGUAUGUUUUAACCAGACAAAAAUAAAUGUUUUAAGAUUAAUGUUAAUUUCUCUUAGCAGUUACCAAGAAAGUUCUUCAGUGUUACAAGUAUUCUACCCAGAAUUUGUUUCUAAGUAAACACUUGCUCCACGUAGAUGUAUUUAGGUACUACAUGUACUAGUAUUUAAGUGACAUAAUCAAAAUAGUUUCUUUUAUCAUGUUUCAUUUUGCAUGGUAGAUCGAUUAUUAGAGCACAAAACAAAACUCAUCCCUCUGCAAAAUAUUU